AGUCAAGGUGACAACCACAUGGUAGUUUAGUGAGUAAACUUCUACAUGAAGGUGUCUUUGACAGCUCCAGACAUAUGAGCUUCUGCUGUCAUGAUGCACGCUCUACACAAGAUCUUGCUUUUUCAUGCCCUGGCAUGUAUUGGCUUAAAUGCACUGAGGACUGAAAUCAUAAAUGGCAAAAAGACCAAGAAGAAUUCAAUGAAUUAUAUGGCCUCGUUGCAAAACAACAACGGUCACAUAUGUGGAGGUUUCCUCAUCAGCGAGGACUUUGUAGUCACAGCUGCUCACUGUGACAACUCGAAGCCUACAAGUGUUGUUCUUGGCACCCACAAUCUGAAGAAGGUUGAUAAUGCCACAAUGAGAUACGCUGUGAAGAAGUGCAAACACCCAUCCUAUAAGGAACCUGUAUCUGGGAAUGACAUCAUGCUCCUCAAACUGUCCAGGAAAGCAUACCUAGGCAAAAAAGCCAUCAAGCCAAUUCAAAUUCCAAGUCAUGAAAUAAAAAUCAAAGAAAAGAAAAAAUGUCGUGUAGCUGGAUGGGGUUUAACAAGAACCGGUGGUGAAGUUGUUAACGAUCUGCAAGAUGUGGAAGUUCCUGUUAUUAACCUGCAAAAGUGUCAGAAGGCGUGGUAUAAUCGACUCCCAGCCAAUGUUAUCUGUGCAGGUGGAUAUGACACCAAGAAAGGAUUCUGUCAGGGUGAUUCUGGUGGCCCUCUGGUCUGCAACGGGAAACUGGCAGUUGGUGUUGCUUCCUUUAACAGCAAAAAUGACUGUAGCUACCCAGAUGUGCCCAACGUCUACACAGAGAUAUCAAAAUUUCUUCCCUGGAUAAAGGAGAUUCUCAAAAAAAAGAAAUCUGACAUGAUGCAUCCUCUGCACAAGUUUCUGCUUUUUCAUCUCUUGACAUGUCAUGGACUUGGCACUUUUGGGAGUGAAAUCAUAAAAGGUAAAGUCGCCCCUAAGAAGUUAAUGCUGUAUAUGGCCUCAGUACAAGACAAAAAUGCUCAACAUAUAUGUGGAGGAUUCCUCAUCAGUGAAGAUUUUGUGGUCACUGCUGCACACUGUGACUCCAGAAACCCUGCAAGUGUUGUUCUUGGCACCCACAAUCUGAAGAAGGUUGAUAAUGCCACAAUGAGAUACGCUGUGAAGAAGUGCAAACACCCAUCCUAUAAGGAACCUGCAUCUGGGAAUGACAUCAUGCUCCUCAAACUGUCUAAGAAAGUUCAAUUAAACAACAGAGUACAACCAAUUCAACUUCCAAAGACCGAGAUUAAAAUCAAAGAUAACGCAAAGUGCCGCGUGGCUGGAUGGGGUUUCACAAGAACCCGUGGCAAAGUUGUCGACGUGCUGCAAGAGGUGGAUGUGCCUUUUGUUAACCUGGAGGUCUGUAAGAGAAAGUGGCUUCCCAGAAAAGUUGACCUUCCUGACAGUGUUAUCUGUGCCGGUGGGUACGGCACAGACAAAGGGUUCUGUCAGGGUGACUCUGGUGGUCCUCUGGUGUGCAGCGGGAUGGCUGUUGGUGUCGUGUCUUUCAACAUGAAUAAAAACUGUGACUACCCCAACAUACCCAACGUCUAUACCAACGUAUCAAAAUACCUCCACUGGAUCAAAGAGAUUAGAAAGAAAAAGUCUUGUUAAAUGUAAGAAUUCAGCAAAUUUCUCUCUCAUUCAUUGUACAAAACUGUGUGCUUUUUGCUUGAAACAUGCUCUAUAAAUACAACUAUUAUAUAU